AUGCGCGGGACAAAGCCGCGCACCACAAGCGCGAGACCCGCCGAGUCCUCGUCUUCCACCGACAGCUCAUCGAGCUCCGAUUGCGAAACUCUUUCAGACUCGUCCUCCGUCACAGAUGCUCCCGCCAGCCAUGCCUCGAAUCCGCAGCGAGGCCGCCCCCACCGUGCUCCUGGCAUUGGACAGACCGGUCACCUUCGCUUCGAGGGCGCCCUGUCCAUGCUGCCCUGUUGCCUCGCACCGGCGCUGACGGGCCACUUUGCCUCCAAGGACGCAUGCAGAUCCUGCCUGGCAUAUAAGCGUACCGCGACUGUCCACCACGUAGUCAGGGCACACCGCCUUCUUGACGAGCUGGAUCUGUCCUUUGACCGCCUUCCGCUCCCAGCUUCCGACGUCGUCACUGCCCUCUGCCGCCAAUUCCGCGACGCUGCGCGCCCAAAGCAGCGCCAAGCUCAGAGCACCGACGGCGAUCACGACUGGAUCUCUCUCCUUGCUACGCUGCAGGCGCUGGACGUCUCCUCGCUCCUCGAGUGCUGGGGCGAGCUGCUACACAAUCGUCUAGCGCCGCUCAUCGCUGGCGCCGGCCCAGACUCACACGAGCCCUGGUUCCUCUCCACGACGGUGGCUUGCGUCGAGCGCCUGCAAUGCCGGCUCCAUCGGCUUGUCGUGCCUGCGCGACAGUCUCAGAGCGAGCAAGCUGCUAGGCGCAAGGGCCAAUCCGGAGGCGAAGAUGGCCUGCCGAUGUAUAUUCAGUCUGACGCCUACAAAAAGUCGCUCGCCUCGAAGCAAGCCAAGGCGUUGACGCAAUGCUUGAAGCUGGCUGCCUCCCGCUGGGCUCGCGCCUCCGCGCUCGAGCAGCGCGGGGCCGAUAGCGCUCGCGGUGGUCUCGACCUCGAGCUCAGCUGCCUAGAGCGGGCACUCCUGGUCUCGACAAGUCCGACCGUCCUGGUAGACGUGUCUGGCGGGCCUUGUCGCGGCUCAACGGCUUGGCAGACCUUUCGAUCUCGAGCAUCGCGGUACCUCUGCGGCGAUCGUUCGCACAACGACCAUGGCUGCGCCCUGGCUCGGGGCCUAUCCAAGCUUAUGCACUUGGUGGUGCUAGGCCGACGGGGCGACAUCGACCACUUCCUCGAUCAAAUCGGCAAGCUCACGCCGGGUAUCGAGGCGCUCUGCCUGGUCGACACCUUCUGGCUUCACCACGAUGUUGAGGGCCCGUGCCCGCCGCCCGAGCAGACUUUCAGCUCGCGCUGGACACUGCCGCCCAGCAUCGUGCGCCUGGCCGUGCUUCGGGAGUGCGUUGCGCUCGAGCUCAUCACCGAUGACCGACACAGAGACGUCGCCAACCUCUUCUCCGUGCCGGGAAGCCGGCCUGUUGCACGGAGCCUUCUCCGCCACCCCGACAUUCACGCCAGCGAUCGCGAAAGGUCAUACCCCUUGCGCCAGCGCUCACUGCAGGCGAAGCUGCACGAGCGACUCCGGCUCGAAUCGGCAGUGACGAUUGGCCGGCAGAGCAGACUGGCGGGCAAGUCGGCUCGGACGGCCACUGAAGCCGAGGGCGAAAACGUCAAGGCGUGGUCAGAGAUGGUCUCUCUCUACGGAGACGUGCACUGCCGCUGGCCUGCCGAUGAGGCGGACGAGGAUGCCAGGCCGCCCCUGGAUCGGCUAACGACGAUGUGUCUGCGCUCGAUCUGCUCUUCGGCAUUCGACGCAGCGUUCGAGGCGCCAACCAUGGCUGUGGUGCCGCAGCAGUUCCGCUGGGUCAUCGACAAUGCCUACCGUUGCGUCUCGUGCGGGCAGAUCAUCCUGCCACCGAUCAUGCAGCUGCAAGGGCAUCCCGCCAUGGCCGACGAGCCAGGCGAUGCCAUCGGACAAGAUCCGCUCACGUCGCUGCGGAGAGAUCCCGCACUUGCCUUCAGUUCUGAAGGACUCGGACGGAUCCUGGGCAAGGGCUGGCUUCUCGACGUCGAUCUUGGUGCGGAAGAGAGACCCCGCGUGGGACACCGGAACGAUCGCGCAACAAUGACGCCUCCCACCGUCGCGUCUGCUCGCUACGUGCAGCAGCUGUGGGCGGGCAUCAUGAAAGCAGGCUUCCUCCCGUCGAUCAAGGAAGAGAUUGUCCUGGUCCACGCCGACGACGAGCGAGAUGCGAACGAGCACGACGAGGGGGAGCGGCAGCUUCGACCUGGGCUGGCGAGCGAACGCGUCGUAUUCCGCGCCCUCAUCGGCGCUUCGUCUGCGUCGACCCGGACAUGGUCUUGCAAAACAGGUGUGGAUUUUCCGUCCGACAACGACGACGGCGGCGUCGACGGCAGUGGUGAGGACAGCGUCGCCUCGGCGGAUGCAGCAUACCCUGCAUCCGAAGACCCGAGGUCGUCGUCUGUACAGUGGCGCUUCUGCCUGCCUUGCUUCCGCAGCCACGUCUCCCUGCCCAAGUCAAACGGAAGCGGUGCCGCCAGCGAGGAGCACGGGUGUCGGUGCAUCGUCUGCCGGGCAGAGCGCGAGCCCGCCGCGACUGGGAGGGCGGUCUGGCUGCGCCCUCGAAGAGCGACCCAGCGGCUGUCGCCGUCCUGA